GGGAAAACUUCCGGUGUAAAUGACAAGGCAUCGUUAUAAACCCUAAAUUCCUAGAGUUCAAAAUUUCAAAUGCUUAGAAUGAGCAGAAACUGGGUAAAGAUUAACCUCCAUCAAUCAAAGCAACGGUUUUCCUCAUUUGCUCGUUUAAUUUCUCUAAUAGCAAACCCCACUUCAUCGAAAGUUUCCCGCCAAAGUUCAGUUUAUAACACCUUCAACAAAUCCAUCAGCACUUCCUCUCCUGAUCAAUUGGAGGGAUUGAUCGAUUCAAAUUUCAAUCCCCCAGAAAUCAGUUCGCCUCCUCAUAGGGAUUCUGGAGUCUCGGUCAAUUUGGAAGAAGAAGUUGCAAUUUUGCAGCGUUCGUUGUCUGUGGAAAAGUUCGAAUCCCGUAAGUAUUCAGACGCGCAUAUUAUUUGUAAAGCAAUUAGAGAUAAUAACAGGGAUUUCGGUGAUAAAAGCCAUAAAUUUCUUAGUAAGUUCAGAGAGAAACUGAGUGAAUCGCUUGUGAUUGAUGUGCUAAAAUUACUUCAAAAUGCUGAAUUAGCUGUGAAGUUUUUCAUAUGGGUAGGUAGACAAAUUGGGUAUAAUCACACAUUACCUGUUUACGAAGCUUUAUUAGACAUAAUAGGAUGUAACAAUGCUGAUAGAAUCCCCGAUCAUUUUCUUAGGGAAAUUAGAGAUGAUGACGAUAACGAAGUGCUUGGAAAACUCCUUAAUGUAUUGAUUCGUAAGUACUGUCAAAACGGUUCAUGGAAUUCAGCACUUGAAGAGCUAGCCAGGCUUAAAGAUUUUGGUCACAAACCUUCUAGAGUGACCUACAGUGCUUUAAUUCAAGUAUUUCUUGAGGCAAACAAACUGGAUUCUGCUAAUCUUGUUUACAGUGAAAUGGCUGAUGCUGGUUAUAAAAUGGAUCCACAUACAUUAGGUUCUUUUGCAUAUUCUUUAUGUAAAUUCGGAAAAUGGAGGGAGGCUCUUGAUAUGAUAGAUAAGGAAAAGUUUGCUCCUGAUACUACACUAUACACUAGAAUGAUAGGUGGGUUAUGUGAAGGUUCUUUAUUCGAAGAGGCUAUGGAGUUUCUAAACCGAAUGAGAUGUGACUCUUGCAUCCCUAAUGUGUUAACAUAUAGGACUUUGCUUUGUGGGUGUUUGAAUAAAGGAAAAUUGGGGAGAUGUAAGCGAGUUCUUAGCAUGAUGAUUGCUGAAGGGUGUUACCCGAGUCCUAAAAUAUAUAAUUCUCUUGUUCAUGCUUAUUGUAAAUCAGGAGACUUUACUUAUGCACAUAAGUUGCUUAAAGAAACGGGAAAAUACGGUGUUCGACCUAAUUCUGUAAUCUUUAACAUAUUUAUCGGUUCAAUCUGUGGAACAAGUGAGAUCCCAAGUGUAGAUAGGUUAGAAUUAGCUGAAAUGGCUUAUGGUCAAAUGCUUGAAGGUGGUUUUGUGUUGAAUAAAGUCAAUGUUAGCAAUUAUGCUCGAUGCCUUUGUGAGGUUGGGAAAUUUGAGAAAGCUUUUAAUGUGAUUCAUGAAAUGAUGACCAAAGGUUUUGUACCUGAUGAAAGUACGUAUUCAAAUGUAAUUAGUUUUUUAUGUGAUGCUUCCAAAUUAGAGAAGGCGUUUUGGUUGUUUAAAGAAAUGAAAAAGAAUGGGGUUGUUCCAAAUGUUCAUACUUACACGAUUUUGAUUGAUAGUUUUUGUAAAGCGGGGUUAAUUCCUCAGGGUCGAAAAUGGUUCGAUGAAAUGAUUACAAAUGGUUGUUCUCCAAAUGUGGUAACAUAUACAGUUCUUAUACACGCGUAUCUUAAAGCUAAAAAGAUAUCAGAUGCCAAUGAGUUAUUUGAAAUGAUGGUGUCAUGUGAUUGUUCUCCAAACAUUGUCACAAUCACAGCUCUAAUAGAUGGUCAUUGUAAAGCUGGUGAAGUCGAAAAGGCGUUGCAAAUUUACUCAAUAAUGAAGGGAAUUAAAGAAAAAGAAAAUUCUGAUGUGGGUUUUCACUUUAAAGUUGAAAAGAUCGAAACUUUGGAGCCAAAUGUUAAAGAAAAAGAAAAUUCUGAUGUGGAUUUUCACUUUAGAGGUGAAAAGAUCGAAACUUUGGAGCCAAAUGUUGUGACAUAUGGAGCUUUGGUGGAUGGGUUGUGUAAAGCAAAUAAAGUCAAAGAAGCACGUGAACUUAUAAAUGUGAUGACUUUUGAAGGUUGUGAGCCUAAUAAUAUCGUGUAUGAUGCACUUAUUGAUGGGUUACUAAAAAAUGGGAAGUUAGAAGAAGCAGAAGAAGUUUAUUCAAGAAUGUGUGAACAAGGGUACAAUCCGAAUGUCUUUACUUAUGGAUCAAUGAUUGACAAGAUGUUUAAAGACAAAAGGUUGGAUCUUGCUACACAGGUUUUAUCCAAAAUGCUUGAAAAUUCAUGUCCUCCUAAUGUUAUAAUCUACACAACAAUGGUAGAUGGGCUAUGUAAAGUUGGAAAGACAGACGAAGCUUAUAAACUCAUGGAGAUGAUGGAGACAAAAGGGUGUAAACCAAAUGUUGUAACUUACACCUCAAUGAUAGAUGGAUUUGGAAAAAUUGGGAAAGUGGAAAAAAGUCUUGAAAUUUUUAAAGAAAUGGGGAUGAAAAGUUGUGCGCCUAAUUAUGUCACAUAUAGUGUUUUAAUCCACCAUUGUUGUGCUUUUGGGUUGUUGGAUGAAGCUUUAGCGCUCUUGGAGGAGAUGAAAAUGACGUAUUGGCCCAUGCAUAUGGAGAGUUAUUGUAAGGUUAUUGAAGGGUUUAAUCGGGAGUUUUUGAUGAAUCUUGGGGUUUUGGAGGGUGUAAGUGAGUAUGAUUCCAUUCCGGUUAUUCCGGUUUAUAAACUUUUGGUUGAUGGGUAUAGAAAGGCUGGAAAGAUGGAAAUGGCUUUGGAAUUGGUUAAAGAGAUGAGUGAGUUAUCUUCCUUUAUGGAUAAAGAUUUGUAUUUUUCUUUGAUUGAGAGUCUUUCGGUUUCAAAUGGGGUUGAGAAAGCUUUUGAGUUAUAUGGAGAUAUGAUUAGUAAAGGUGGUGUUCCCGAAUUGAGUGUUUUUGUUAACCUUGUUAAAGGUCUUGUUAAAGCUAACAGGUGGCAAGAGGCAAUUCAACUUUCUUGGAGCCUAUGUUACAUGGAUAUUCAGUGGCUUCCUUACAACAACAAAAAUCAAGAGAAGUAGGGUUAGCAAGCAAUUCAUGAAUUGGCCUACAACUGCCAUGUGUCCCAAAACCAUAUUGUCAGAUGUAAAUCAGAUAUACAGUGGCCCACUAGGUGGUUGGCUGAAAGGCCCAGUGCCCACAAGGAGCCCAAUCCACACACUAAUACCACCAUGGAACCUACUGUCCUAUGACUUGGGGUUGAUCAUACAGCGUGGAAAUAGUCUUGUUUCAGAGGAGGGGUAAAUAUGUAAUUUCACUCGGCUAUACUCACAUCACCAACAUACUUGUGAUAUGUGUCGCUUGGAAUAUAAAAAAGUGUUGGGACUUUGGUGUUGGUGUAAACUGUAAAGUGUAAACCAUGUCUGAAAAGUAGUAGGUGACUUGUGUAUAUAUGAGGUAGGGUGUUGUGCUAUUUCUUAUCAAGUACAAUCGAAUUAGAUAUUACAUUUUGGGU